AUGUGGGAUCUCAACCACGCACCGGAUCGAGCGGCGGCGGUGGCAGCAGCGGCGGCGGCGAUGGAGGAGGCCGAAAGCGACGGCACCAGCGACGGCGCCGGAGUCCUCUGGGAGGGUGGACGGGCGGCGCCGGUGACCCGCCAGUUCUUCCCCAUGGCUGGCGACCGCAGCGAGGAAGGCGGCGGCGGAGACCGGGCCGCCGCCGCCGACGUGGCCCUUCCCCGUGCACAUUGGGUGGGGGUAAAUUUCUCCCAGAAACCGGCCGCGGCGGGGGCGACGGCGACGGUGGCGGUGGGGUCUCUGGCGGCGGAGGUCUCGCAACCGAUCAAGAAGAGCCGACGGGGACCGCGGUCUAGGAGCUCGCAGUACCGCGGGGUCACCUUCUACCGGCGAACAGGCCGGUGGGAAUCCCACAUAUGGUAAGUCCGCCUGCUUCUCUCCUGUUCUCACUCAGUUCUUAUCCAGUAUCCUUCUGUUCUUCCCCUUUCUUCCUCAAUAUUAGCAGAGUUUUGAUGGGAAGUUCUCAGAUUCGAUCCUCCUCCCCUUCCCCUCUUUGGUCCAAUCCUUGUUCCUCCUCACUUCCUUGCUCCAAUUUCGUCAAAAGUCGUCUGGAAGCGCUCGGCUUUGGUCCGAUAUCUGGAAUUUCUUCAGUGUUCCUCAGCUCCACCACCCUAAUAUGAGCAAAAUUUAGAAACUUGCCGUCGGCGUUGGUUUGAUCUCGGCGUACCCACCUGUGCUCUGGACCAGAAACUCCCCGAAUUCGUCAUAUUUUACUAUGAAGCGAAGGGCUUCUAUCUAGCCACUGCAAACCCAUCCGAGUUCUUCAUCUUCCCCAUUUUGCGGGCAAUCUCUGGGAAAUUUAGCGGGAAGGUCUCAGCUUUGGUCCGAUUCCUGCAGACCCACCAGAGCAAUUCAUUUUCCCCAGCCCCAGCUUCAACAUAUUUUUCACAGGAUCCUGUGCUCUUCAACUCCACCCUCUGUUUUUCUUCGCCUCGCCCUGCCUGAUUCGUCGAACAUAUUUCUAUUUCCGCUCCGAAAUUUCCUGAAGAAUCACUGCAAUCACUAGGCUCUUUCUCUUUGAUGUAGGGACUGCGGGAAGCAGGUCUACCUAGGUAUGAAAUUUUCCACUCUCAGAUUUAGUUCGAUCAGAGAUGAGCUUGCCGCGUUUUCCGUCUGUUAUUUAGCCGGCGAUUGAAUCGUGGUCUUGUUCCUCCAUGGCUGCCGCAGGUGGAUUCGACACCGCCCUCGCCGCCGCCCGGUAACCCUAAGAUCCUUGAAAUUCCGCUGCUCUCUUGUCGCCAAGAGAUUCGAAUCGCCCGAUGACUGAACCCGACUUGUUCAUCUCUCAGGGCAUACGACCGAGCCGCCAUCAAGUUUCGGGGGGUGGACGCAGAUAUCAACUUCAACCUGGAGGACUACGACGAGGAUUUGAAGCAGGUUGGGAAGAACAGAGGAGACCCUAGCGACCCAUUGCCAUCCAUCCUCAUCCUCGAUCUUACCGUAGGGGCUUGAUUUUGCUAUCCAUCUCCCGGUGGCAGAUGAGGAAUCUUACCAAGGAGGAGUUCGUCCACGUGCUCCGCCGCCAGAGCACGGGGUUCCCCCGGGGGAGCUCCAAGUUCCGGGGGGUCACUCUCCACAAAUGUGGGAGGUGGGAGGCCCGAAUGGGGCACUUUCUGGGGAAGAAGUAAGCUCUAUCAUCAUCAUCAUCGCCGGCUGUUCAUUACUGAUUACGGAAAACUCUGUUGGGGCCUUCCGAUCUGAUCUCUUCUUGGGGUUUUCGAUCCUCCAUUCGCAGGUACGUCUACUUGGGUCUGUUCGACUCAGAGAUAGAAGCUGCCAGGUACUUCCGCCGCUGAAUCUCCCUGCGACGGGAUUCUCAGUCUACGCUAGGAUGAUCCGAGCUUCGCUGUCAAUUAUCUGCAGGGCUUACGACAUCGCCGCGAUCAAGUGCAACGGGAGGGAUGCGGUCACCAACUUCGAUCCGAGCAUCUACGAGAACGAGCUCAAGGCCGCAGGUGCGUCCUUCGUAGCCCCGCUGAUACUUGCAGUUGACUUCCGCUUCAGAUUCCGGCAUCUAAAUUGGCGGCUGCGGGUGGUGUUUCCCAGCCGCCGGCGCCGAGCACAACCUCGACCUGAGUCUGGGGAUUUCUGGGUCGAAAAGGAGCAACUUUGAUACGAUGGAGGAAAGCUCCGCCGGGGCGGUGGAUCAACUGGCGGGGGCGCCGCCGCCCUUCGACGGGGACUGGAGGGCUGGGAGUAGAAGCAUAAGGGGGAAGGUAUGUAUGCCCAGGAAGGAACCCCAUACUGGAUCAUGCUUGUUGCGUCUGUUUCAGAUGGUGGCGAUCUAUCUUGCUUCACUAUGAUAAUUUUUGUGUGCUGAAGCUGCCGGAGAAUGGCGGUGGCAGCGGCGGUCACUUUGUCCGGAGGGAUGUCGGGGGGGAGCCGAUGCAGCUGUUCAGCCACUCCUCCAAUCAGUUCUUCCAGCUUAGGAAUAGAGAGGCUCCGGUUGUUCUCCGCCAGUCCGCUCCACAGCAGUACCUUCCUGGGUACCAGCAGGUCGGUGAUCACAGUCUCUUCAAGGCUCUGAUUCGGAGAUGGAUAUUUUCUUACUUCUCUCACCUCUCCCUCUCUUUCUCUCGCUCUCUCUUGGUGCACGGAAUUGGACAGCUUCUGGAGAGCGCCACCGGUGGAGGGAGGGCCGCCGGAGGAGGGGGGCACCUCCCGGUACACGGCGGCGGGUGGCAGCAACAGCCGCAGGGCCAACAGCCGGAGAGACAGCCGAUCUGGGGGAGGAGCGGAAGCAGCUGGUCUCCGGCAGCUGCUGCCGCUACCGUCGCUGCACCCCAGUUCUUCGCCGCCACCGCCGCCGCAGCAUCAUCAGGAUUCUCACCACAGACAAUUGGGUGCAGAAGGAUGGGCACCACCACCCUCUCAUGA